AUGAACUGUAACACCGACCUUGUCAGAGUGCGCAACAUUGGGGAGACCCACGACCUCGACUCCCAGGUCGAAUACCUCAAGCGCUACGUUCGCUUCACCCGCAAACCCAUCGAACGCCUCUCCUCCACUUCUUUGCAGCAGAGCUUCCUGCCAGAUAGCAGUACUAUGGGCCAGACCUUCAGAUUACUAGAUCUGUCUGCAAGCAACGACCAUCUCGAUGACCAAUGCAACCAGGAGCCUUUGGACGUCCCUGUGACGGAAUCGCCCUUCCCUGCCGACGCCGACCUAUCAGAUUUCAUGUUCGCCAUUUCGACCACUUUCAAACGCCUCAGCGACCCAACGACCAUUCAGGAAUGGGCCUACUGGCUGACGAGCAACAACAGGUCGAACGGGGGCAAGCUUCUCGUCCAACUUGUUGACGCUACCGACGCCGAGAUCACAGAUGUCGCUGCACGUCUGGCCAAGGUCGGUGUCGAUGCCGAGGUGGGCGGCUGGGACAGCCGCAUAGAGAAGAAGAUGGCCAUACGCUAUCUCAACCUAGUCCCCCUUCUUGUUUCUCGCCAGGCCGCCAACACCAAGUGGUUCGUCUUGUGCGAUGACGAUACCUUCUUCACCGCAAUGAAUGGUCUCGUCGCAAAGCUCAAAACCUACGACCCCACGCAACCUCACUACGUGGGGACCCUGUCCGAGGACAUGACCGCUGUGAGGCUGCACGGCUCUCAGGCUUUCGGCGGCGGCGGAGUUUUCCUCAGCCGCCCGUUAGCAAAGAUCGUUGCCGGUGCGCAUGCGUCUUGCAGAACACCUGCCAAGGUGAAGAAGUCGAAUUCCGGCUGGGGUGCGCAGGGAGACAUUCUUCUCCGCAACUGCAUCUACGACAACACCGACGUCCGCAUGACUUGGAUGCGGGAUCUGUGGCAACUCGAUCUGUCGGGGGGAGACGCGUCAGGGUUCUACGAAAGCGGCAUCAAGCCAUUCAGCAUUCACCACUUCAGGGGCGGACAGAAAUGGCACACGACGUACCCCCUCAACACCACCCAGAUCGCGCACACUUGCGGCGAGGACUGUCCCUACCAGCGCUUCGUUACCGCGGACAACUUCAUCAUCUCAAAUGGAUACAGCAUCGCCCAAUACCCCGAUGGCAUCGACUUCCGUCUCGACCAGGUGGAGCGGACGUUCCGCUCGAUCCAUCCAGACCACCAAGGGAGCUUUGAUUAUACCUUCGGUCCUCAACGGCCAUCGCUUGUGAAGACAGGGAAGAAAAUUGCCUGGGAUCUGGUUGAAUCACAGAGAUUGGAGGAUGGGUCGGUAUCACAGGUCUAUGUUCGGAAGAAGGACGACGAGCGAUGGACAAAGGAGAAGAAGCCAGUUAAAGCGCAUGAUGGUGUAAUCGAACUUGUUUGGAUUCCAGCAUGA